UCCAUAACUGAAAAAUACCAAAAUUCAUCAAUUAUACGUUGCAUGGCACGUGUCAGCUAUUGAUGUAUGAAUGGUUUAAAAGAGCCAGCACCGCACGGGGAAGACCAAACGAAUUCAAAGGAUCUUCUAAAAGAAGUACAAGACGGUUCUCUACUAUUAUUGUGCGACAGGUUAAAACUCUGUUUGGUUGGCAAAUUAAAAUGAAUCUACUACACGGUUUGUUUUCGGUGCUAUUUAUCGUUGAAUUUUCAGAACUUCAAGGAAAACAUAGCUUUUUCUCGCAAGCUCUUCUCAAGGGUGAAGUGGUUGAAAACAUGUCGCAUGCAAAGUUCAUUGCUGCAAUACAUUCCCCCGCAAAAUAUUUGUAUGCACUCAAAGACAAGUUAAAUGAUGCUAAUAGAGAAAUGCUGACUACAUGUACCGCAUUUAUUAUUUCAAAAACGGAAAUCAUCACGAAUGCUCAUUGUGUGGAUGACGCCCCAUAUGUUUAUCUGGUAGCUGGUACGAAAAAUGUAUCAGAUGCAAACCAGAAAAUUAAAAUCAAAGUCGAAAAAGAGAACAUUGCAUGGCACCCUUAUUAUAGUCAUUUAAUUGUUGGUUCAUUUGAUAUUGCCAAAAUUACGCUGAAAACGCCGUUAGAAUUCAGCGAUACCGUUGGUAGAAUCGAUCUCGUGGAUAAGGAUUACAAAUUGAAUAACCCAUCAGAAUUGGUGACUGCCUAUGGAUAUGGCGUGUUGAGAAAUAUCAGACCAUUGAUAUUGAGGCGUUGCGAUGCGAACUAUAUGUCUGAUGUCGAACGAGCCAGCACAUUUAACAUAAGUCAGACUUUGUACUUUACAACUGGUGAAGCUACGAAUGAUGGCAACAUUAUUACACCUGGCGAUUCGGGUGGACCAGUCGUUUCAAAAACAAAUGGCAAAAUCGUGGGCAUAACUACGAGUAUAAAUGGAACAACAGGUGGCCGCGGAAUGUUCCUUCCAAUUACUCUAUUUCUUGAUUUUAUUCGUGACCCAAAGAGCGUGAAACCAAUUCCACCUCCGCUUACACCUAACGAAGCUAAAUUUAUAGCCGAUAUAUUGGCACCGGGAAAAUUUCUUACUGUUUACAAAAAAAAACAUGCCGAUGCCGACGAAAAUUUUCAACUAAGAUUUAAUGCAAUCAUUUUGUCGGAAACGGAGAUUUUGACCUGUGCGCAUAGUGUGCUCGGCGCCCCAUAUGUCUAUGUAACCGUUAAUAAACUAUCAAUAAAUGCGACAAAACUUAAAGUCACUGAAGACCAGAUAGAAAUUCAUGAUAAAUAUGCAUUGUCGGGAUUCGCAUUUGACGUUGCAAAGAUUACACUUAAAGAACCGUUAGAGUUCAACGAUAACGUCGGCAGCAUCGAUUUGGUGGACAAAGAUUACAAAAUGAAUGACCCGUCCGAAAUGGUCACUGUCUACGGUGAUAUGGUAUUGGAUGGAACAGUGAGAAUGAGGCGUUAUGAUACAAAGUAUUUGAAUGGCACCAAAUGCAAACCGAAAGUGCACCCUUUAUUUGAUGCAAAUCAUUUGAUGUGUUACACUUUGGAUGGAAGCAUGGGAACUCCCUCUGCGUUUGGAGGUCCAAUGAUUUCGAAAAAGAAUAACAAACUCGUGGGCAUGACCAUUAUUGGUUCGCCUGAUCAGCCAGUUAUUUUUCAACCGAUUGCACCGUUGCUUGAUUGGAUCCGGAAGCCAAAUGUAAGAGGUAAUCAAAGAAGAAGAAUAUAGGCUUGAAAAAAGGGGUUUCAGGCGCCUGAAAAAGCUGAAUACCGUCUCUUUUUUUGCCCCCGUCAUUUGAUGUUCAACAA